UCCGCGUGUCAGCUCAGCUACCAUGGAUUGUGCGAUGGCGGAGCACCUGCAGUCCUGGAUUGAGUAGGGUGGUUAGACUAGGUUGCCUCUGUGGCACCUUCCGACUCUGAUUCUGUGGUUCUAGUAGUCGUUGCUGGCUCUGGAGAGAAGAUUACAAGUGUCACUCGCCUCGGAAAUCCCUGACGGGGAAUUGGGAUGGACCUAAAGGAAUGAAUGCGGCUCAAGUCUUCCAAACAACAAUAUAAUCUCCCUUUCAGCAAUUAGUGGGAGCAGUCAUGAGUGGCUCUAAACCUGACAUUUUGUGGGCUCCACAUCAUGUAAAUAGAUUUGUUGUGUGUGACUCUGAGCUGAGCCUCUACCACAUCGAAUCUGCUGUAAGUUCUGAGCUCAAAGCAGGAUCACUACGUUUAUCGGAAGAAACCACAGCCACUCUGUUGUCCAUUAAUUCAGACACCCCGUAUAUGAAAUGUGUGGCUUGGUACCCCAAAUACGAUCCAGAAUGUCUCCUGGCGGUUGGGCAGGCCAAUGGCCGAGUUGUGCUUACUAGUCUUGGCCAAGAUCACAAUUCAAAGUCCAAGGAGUUGAUAGGAAAAGAAUUUGUUCCGAAACAUGCACGGCAGUGCAACACCUUAGCAUGGAAUCCACUCGAUGGCUAUUGGCUUGCUGCUGGCCUGGAUAAGCAUCGGGCUGAUUUCUCGGUACUAAUCUGGGACAUCAGUAGCAAAUACACUCCAGAAAUUCCAGUUGCAACUGAAAAGGUUAGACUUUCCUCUGGAGACACCGAAGCAGGGCUGGUUGUGACAAAGCCACUUUAUGAAUUGGGGCAGAAUGAUGCUUGCCUUUCUCUUUGUUGGCUUCCACGGGAUCAGAAACUUCUUUUAGCUGGAAUGCAUCGGAACUUGGCUAUCUUUGACCUUAGGAAUAUAAGCCAAAAAAUGUUUGUGAAUACCAAGGCUGUUCAAGGAGUCAGCGUUGAUCCAUUUUUCCACGAUCGCGUGGCUUCCUUCUAUGAAGGUCAGGUUGCCAUAUGGGAUCUCAGAAAGUUUGAAAAGCCUGUUUUGACCCUACUGGAACAACCAAAACCCUUAACGAAAGUGGCUUGGUGUCCUACAAGGACUGGAUUGCUAGCUACUUUGACCAGAGAUAGUAAUGUCAUCAAACUCUAUGACAUGCAGCACACUCCCACGCCCAUAGAUGAAACUGAACCCACAAUCAUUGAAAGAAGUGUGCAGCCCUGUGAACAUUAUAUUGCUUCCUUUGCAUGGCAUCCCACAAAUCAAAAUCGAAUGGUGGUGGUAACUCCAAACAGGACCAUGUCAGACUUUACUGUGUUUGAAAGGAUCUCACUUGCAUGGAGUCCAGUGACCUCUUUGAUGUGGGCAUGCGGGAGGCAUUUGUAUGAGUGCACCGAAGAAGGAAAGGCCCAUUCCCUUGAAAAAGACAUUGCCACCAAAAUGCGUCUGAGGGCUUUAUCCAGGUAUGGCCUUGACACGGAACAGAUCUGGCGAAACCAUAUUCUGGCAGGAAAUGAAGACCCACAGCUGAAGUCACUCUGGUACACUCUGCACUUUAUGAAACAGUAUACGGAGGAUAUGGAUCAGAAAUUAACAGGAAACAAGGGUUCCUUAGUUUAUGCAGGCAUCAAAUCCAUUGUGAAGGCAUCUAUGGGGACAACAGAGAACCUCAGGCAUAGCCGGAGUGGGUCUGAUCGACAGGCAGAUAUUAUUCAGUAUCUCAGCGAGGAGAGAUUGCUGGCUUUGCAGCUGUGUGGAUGGAUCAAGAAGGGCACGGAUGUCGAUGUGGAACCUUUCCUAAACUCUUUGGAACAAGAAGGAGAUUGGGAGCGAGCUGCUGCUGUAGCACUCUUCAACUCAGACAUACGACGAGCGAUACAGAUACUGAACAAAGGAGCUUCUUCAGGAAAAGGUGACCUCAAUCUCAAUGUUGUGGCCAUGGCAUUAUCCGGCUACACAGAUGAGAAGAACUCCUUGUGGAGAGAGAUGUGUAGCACUCUGCGGUUGCAGCUAAACAACCCUUACCUGUGUGCAAUGUUUGCAUUUCUGACGAGCGAGUCGGGUUCCUACGAUGGAGUUUUGUAUGAAAGCAAUGUAGCAGUACGAGACAGAGUGGCAUUUGCUUGUAAAUUCCUCACUGAUGUUCAGUUGAAUAGAUUCCUUGAAAAAUUAACGAGUGAAAUGAAAGAAGCUGGGAACUUAGAAGGAAUACUCCUGACGGGACUAACGAAGGACGGGGUGGAUUUAAUGGAAAGUUAUGUUGACAGAACAGGAGAUGUUCAGACGGCAAGCUAUUGUAUGUUACAGGGUUCUCCCUCUGAGGUGCUUAAAGAUGAGCGGGUUCAAUAUUGGAUUGAAAACUAUCGGAACCUCUUGGAUGCCUGGAGGUUUUGGCACAAACGAGCAGAAUUUGACAUCCACAGGAGUAAGCUGGAUCCUAGCUCAAAACCCUUAGCACAGGUGUUUGUCAGCUGCAAUUUUUGUGGAAAAUCCAUCUCCUACAGCUGCUCAGCCAUUCCACAUCAGGGUCGAGGUUUUAGUCAGUAUGGCGUCAGUGGAUCCCCCACCAAAUCCAAGGUCACAAGUUGCCCUGGUUGCCGCAAGCCCCUCCCUCGCUGUGCACUUUGUCUAAUAAAUAUGGGAACUCCAGUUUCCAGCUGCCCAGGAGGAUCCAAGUCAGAUGAAAAGGUAGAUCUCAGCAAAGACAAAAAACUAGCUCAGUUCAACAACUGGUUUACCUGGUGUCACAACUGUAGGCAUGGCGGUCAUGCGGGACACAUGCUCAGCUGGUUCAGAGAUCAUACUGAAUGCCCUGUCUCUGCAUGUUCGUGUAAAUGUAUGCAGCUGGAUACGACAGGGAAUCUCAUCCCAGCAGAGAUGGUCCAGGCGUAAAACGUCAGAGCUUGAACAAGGACCUUCAGAACAGAAGCUGUCCCUAAUAGACAUCCUUCACAGACACAACACAUACCUCAGAACAAGUCACUCAUGACUUUCCCACAGUAGAAAAAUGAAUCAUUCUAUCACCUCAGCAAUUUGAUGUGUGGAUGGUUUUGAUGUGCUUUGCGCAGCCAAGUAUUGUUGGACUUGAGUCUUCAUGUAUGUCAUGUGGGCCUUGUUCAGUGGGUUGUGAAGCAAUUCAUUUCAGAGGCAUUUGUGGAAGCUUCAUUUAAAUUUGAAGCAGUCUUCAGGAAAAUGUUCAGCACUCUGCUGUCCAGACCCUGAACCUUCCAUCUGAGAUGAACCAGCCCCAUAUUUCUGUAUUUCAUGGACUUUUAAAAAGUUAGCAACCAAGUCAUUCUGUCGAUUCAUUUUACUGAAAUAAUGCUGCCAUUUUUUUCUCAGCUGAGACAAACACACUGAACUACUGUUCUGUGACACACUUCUGAUGACUCAAGGUCUCUUUAAGUCUGCCUCAGUAAAUAGUAAGGUUCCAGCUUCAAUGUAAGAUGCAUCUUGGGAGCAUCCACCAUUUUUACAGAACUAGCAUAGAGGAGUUUGAGAACAGAUGCUAGAUUGAUGAAUGUCAGCUGCAUGACACCAUAGCCAGUCAGCGUCUAACAAAAUUGCCACGUUUUAAAAAGCGUGAAACUGGCUGCACGCCUGAAAUGUGUUGCAAUAUUAAUAGUACCCACCCGCAUUUUACAUUGAGAUAGAAGGGUAUUUGGUAUUCAUCUGGUUUAGAAAACUGCAGUGUAAAUAUGCAAUUUAGAUGAAUCUGAGUUAUUUCCAUAAAGUUUCACUUUCCAUAGUUUGAAUAAUAUUGGAUGUCACUUGCCAUCGUGGUGGCAGUAGAUAUUAGUGCCAAACAUUGAUUUGGAUCCCUUCUUGAAUUUUUGGAAUUGGGGUGGGGUAUUUCACAUUAUCCCCUUUACUGUGACAACCCAAAUGCUGCUCCUGUGGGCCAGAGGACUUACCCAAGAAUUGAUAGGGGGUGGGGUGGAGAAUUGUGAGCCUCUGGAAGUUCUACGUGAGAUUUAGUUGUUAUCAGUCUUCCUCCUCAAUAAUGUACUUGGUUUAUUGAAGGACGAGAUGAUAAUAGGAACACUUGGAGGUAUGGGGAAUAUGAUUUAUUUGUAGAACAAUGUUAAAAAAAGCUCACUGAGAAAAAAAUAUUAAGAACAUAGCAACACACUGAUGUAAUCAAUAUAGAUUUAAGUUACCACUUAGUUUACAGAUUUCUUUGGUUAAUUGGCAGCAGAUCAAAAACACACACUUGAAGUAGCGCAGCCCUAGAAAGCCGAACUCCCUCAGCUAAUUUUCAAUGCCAUUUUGUAACAGUUUAGGGUUUUAUAGCUGCCUACUUGACAAUCACACACAGCAAUUUUAAAUAGAUGAGCUGAGGUGAGUGUGGUGGUCUGUGCACGUACCAGAGGAUUACCUGCCCCCUUUUCCAUUGGAGUCCCUUGAACCCUGUUCCCUAGCCUCUCCUGGGGGUUGGGAGAUUUCUUAAAAGUGGGGGGUAGCACAGUGGGGGAGAGGGAAAUCAGAAAGCAGUGAAUCCCUCCCUUUUAUCAAGUUGGUGAACAGAUGUGCCUUUCUUUUGCACUGGGCACUUUGGAGCGAGGUCACCAUAUUUGUACACACAGCGCUGAAAAGAAAAAGACUCCUUCAUUGAAAACCAUUAUUUAUGCCGAUGGACACAGUUGUGCUAGGCUUCAUUCUGUUACCUUGGUCAAAGGCCACUUCCAAUCAGAACUGCAUUUUCAUUAUCAAAUCUGUAGUGAGGUAUGCAUCACAAUACCUAGGCUGUUACUCUGAUUUUUUAAAUGUCGACAAAAAAAUGAACAUUUACUUUAACAAUCUAGAAUUUAAACUAUUAUAAGUUUGUAAAUGUAAAUUGUUUGCCACAUGUGUGAAGUGUUAAGAGAGCAUUCAUAUUAAUGUCUUUUUCCUCAGUCUAAAAGCAGUAUUUUUGUAAAAUAACUGUAUUUUAUGACUCUUUAAAAGACUAGUAAAUAAACAACCUGGUUCUUGUGGGA